ACGAACAACUGAUCUUCUAGAGGAUCACUAGAUCAAUGCCACGAACGUCAGUCAUACGUCACAGAUCACAGAGUAGAAUAACAGUACAAUAGAGGUUUUGUGACAGCACUAAUACUGUCAUAGAAUCACGAAACUUUGAGUCUUGAGAAUUAAAUAUAUAUAUCUAACCUUGAUUAUAAUUCGUUAUGCAUGUUUAGACAUACAUAUGUACAUAUGAAAAGAUUAACGUUAUGAUAUUUCUAUAAAUUGCAAAUCGUUUGAGUUCUUAACGAUAAAUGUUACGCCACAUGAAAAAUGGAUGCAUCAAGUGAUUCAAGUUUAUAUAGGUUAGAAGGAACAGAUAAAAAUCAAGCAGGAGGCUUAAUUAUUCGUAAAAAGCCUUCUGAUCAUACAUUUAAAAAACCUCAGAUAUCUGUUUUGGGCCUUGAUAAACUCGCGAAACGAAAAAGGCAAGAAAAUGCACAGGAGCUGAGUUUAUCAAAGCCUCAGUCAAACUCACAAAAGUCGGAGAAUAAAGGGAGAAAAUACCGAUCUUAUGCGGAGGAAACACCAACUCAUACUGGUGGAGUAAAUUCCGAAGCUCAACAAAGAUUAGAAACCCGAUUGAAACACCAACGAUUAAGUGCACAAGAUAAGCAUCACAGACAUGGUCACAAAGAUCGUAGUCAUGACAGUGAUGGAAGAAGAGAUAGAAAUAGAGAAGCAGAUAGAGAAAGUGAAAGAAGUAGAGGUAGAGGUAGCGUAAGACAAACACCGUUAAGAUUCAAAGAUGAACCGCAAACCCCAGUAUUCAAAACAAAGGAUCCAACAUCCAAAAGCAAUUGGGACGAUGACGAUGACGAAGAACCAAGAAAAUCAAGUUGGGACCAUCCCACGCCAAAUCUUUAUAGCAAUAGAGACGGUCGUGAUAGUAUUAGAAGUGAAUUCACACCUUCGUAUAAAUAUAACUCUUGGAAUAAAGACUACAAGCCCAGUGGUGCUACACCUAUGGUAGAUGGAGAAGAAAAAGAAUUAUGGGAAGAAGAACAACAAAGAUUAGACAGGGAAUGGUAUGCUUUAGACGAUGGAGAAAAUCAUGCAUUUGCUGAUGUAUCGGAAGAAUAUACACGUAAGAAGGAAAUGGAACUUGAAGCAAAACGACAGAAACGGCUUUCUGCGCAGCAACGACAAAUAAAUAAAGACAAUGAAUUAUGGGAACGUAACAGAAUGUUAACAUCUGGUGUCGUGAGUUCGCUAGACCACGAUGAUGAUUUCGAUGAUGAAGGAGAAACUAGGGUACAUCUCCUAGUUCACAAUGUUGUCCCACCAUUUUUGGAUGGUCGAAUCGUAUUUACUAAGCAACCAGAGCCAGUAGUUCCUGUACGUGAUCCUACUUCUGACAUGGCCCUUGUAGCAAGAAAAGGAUCAGCGUUGGUACGAGCAUAUCGCGAACAGAAAGAGCGACGCAGAGCUCAAAAGAAGCAUUGGGAACUGGCUGGAACUCACAUUGGCAAUAUUAUGGGUGUUCGUAACAGAAACAAAGAAGAUAAAGAAGAUCCAGGGCAAGAAACUGAUUUUAAAGCUGGUCAAAAAUAUGCCCGUCACAUAGGAGCUGACGAAGUUACUGGGGAAGCCAAAUACAGACUGAUUCAAAAUCAAAGGAGAAGUCUCCCAGUAUUUGCUGUACGUCAAGAAUUAUUAAACGUUAUCAGAGAAAAUAGUGUAGUAGUCAUAAUUGGAGAAACUGGCAGUGGAAAAACUACACAAUUGACACAAUACCUUCACGAAGAUGGUUACAGUCGUUAUGGAAUAAUUGGAUGUACGCAACCUCGAAGAGUAGCAGCUAUGUCCGUGGCUAAGAGAGUUUCGGAUGAAAUGGCUACUACUUUAGGAGAUAAAGUUGGUUACGCUAUCCGUUUUGAAGAUUGUACUUCGAAAGAUACUGUUAUUAAAUAUAUGACUGAUGGUAUUUUGUUAAGAGAAAGCUUAAGAGAAGGAGAUUUGGAUCGAUAUAGCGUUAUUAUUAUGGACGAAGCUCAUGAAAGAUCUUUGUCUACUGACGUCUUAUUUGGCUUGCUCAGAGAGGUUGUAGCUCGUCGACAUGAUUUGAAAUUGAUUGUAACAUCUGCUACAAUGGAUUCAAGCAAAUUUUCAGCAUUCUUUGGAAAUGCUGCAACGUUCCAAAUUCCUGGCCGUACAUUUCCUGUUGAAAUAUUACAUGCCAAAAAUCCAGUCGAGGAUUACGUAGAUGCUGCAGUAAAACAAGUGCUACAAAUUCAUUUGCAACCACGUUCUGGUGAUGUAUUAGUUUUCAUGCCUGGUCAAGAAGAUAUUGAGGUCACAUGUGAAGCGUUAAAGGAACGUUUAGCGGAAAUAGAAUCAGCUCCUCUACUGUCUAUUUUGCCUAUUUACUCCCAGUUACCUUCGGAUCUACAAGCUAAGAUCUUUCAACGUUCAGAAGGAGGCUUGCGAAAAUGUGUUGUAGCGACAAAUAUAGCAGAAACUUCAUUGACUGUCGAUGGAAUUGUAUUUGUUGUGGAUUCAGGCUACUGCAAAUUAAAAGUCUAUAAUCCACGAAUUGGCAUGGAUGCUUUACAGGUGUAUCCUGUAUCUAGAGCUAAUGCCGACCAAAGAGCAGGAAGGGCAGGACGUACCGGUCCUGGCACCUGCUUUAGAUUGUAUACGAGAAGACAGUAUUUGGAUGAAUUGCUACUAACCGGAGUUCCAGAGAUACAGAGAACAAAUUUAGCAAAUACUGUAUUGUUACUGAAGUCUUUAGGUGUCCAAGAUUUACUAGCCUUUCAUUUUAUGGAUCCUCCACCUCAAGAUAACAUAUUAAAUUCUUUGUAUCAAUUAUGGAUUUUGGGUGCACUGGAUCACACAGGACGCCUAACACCUUUGGGACGACAAAUGGCAGAAUUUCCUUUAGAUCCUCCUCAAUGUCAAAUGCUGAUAGUUGCUUCUCAGCUUGGUUGCACCGCCGAUAUCCUCAUUAUAGUGUCAAUGUUAUCGGUACCAUCGAUAUUUUAUCGACCAAAAGGACGCGAGGAAGAUUCUGAUUCAGCAAGGGAAAAAUUCCAAGUACCCGAGUCUGAUCAUUUAACAUACUUGAACGUGUACAAUCAGUGGAAAGCGAAUGGUUAUUCUAGUUCAUGGUGCAACGAUCACUUUAUACAUGCAAAGGCAAUGCGUAAAGUAAGAGAAGUUCGACAACAGCUUGAAGAAAUCCUAAAACAACAAAAGAUGGAAGUUGUGAGCUGUGGCACUGAUUGGGACAUUGUACGGAAAUGUAUUUGUUCGGCAUAUUUUCACCAAGCAGCUCGUUUAAAGGGUAUUGGCGAAUACGUUAAUUGUCGUACCGGGAUGCCUUGCCACCUUCAUCCAACUUCAGCUCUGUUUGGUAUGGGAUUUACACCGGACUAUGUAGUGUAUCAUGAGCUUGUGAUGACUGCCAAAGAGUACAUGCAAUGCGUCACUGCCGUCGAUGGACACUGGCUUGCUGAAUUGGGUCCUAUGUUCUUCAGCGUGAAGGAAACUGGAAGAAGCGGACGUGCAAAAAGACGCAAGGCAAUGCAACAUUUGCAUGAAAUGGAAGGACAAAUGAAGGAAGCCGAAGAAGAAAUGAAAGCGCGCGCACAAGAGCAACUUGAACGAGAGCAAGCUUCUAUCAGGAAAAAAGAAAUAUUGACACCGGGUAUCAGAGAACCAGGAACACCAGCUCCUUACCGUAAGACUCCAGGUAGAUUAGGGUUGUAAUCAUACUCUUAAAAUGUGUAAAUAUAAAAUGUAAUGUACGAUAGAAAUUUGUAGUAAUUUUACAAAGUAGUCACGUCAAUUUUUAAGCACUGAUUUAUAUUAAAUGUUUUGCAUAGACUCUCUACAUUUUUUUAUUGUUCUUAAUUUAAGUAUAACAUACUCUGUUGUUAUGUAUUCUAACAAGUACUUUCUGUAUAAAUAUGAAGGUGAAUUUUUCAUAAAAAAAAAAUGUAAUUUCAUAAUAAGGUUAUUUUUCAAAUAAAUUUUUCAAUUAUAGAAAGUGUAAAAAUACAAUGUAUAUGCAGAAAAUAUAGAAGAAUUUAAAAAGAAAUAAAAUAAUGAAAUAGC